AACAGUGAAGGGUGUACGGAGAAACGCUGGGAGGCAUGUACAUGAUAAAGGGUACAGCCAGGACCUAGGAUGACUAGGACGAGUCUUUGGUGCAUCCUGGCUGCUUGCAUUUUGUGCAGCAUUGCCUAUUGUGAUGCAUCACCAUCACUCCUUUUCGUUACCUACAAGGAUAUCAGGGUGGCAAACGUCUCCCGCUCCAACAAAGUAUCGAUUCUCGUCAAGGAUCUUUCGCAGGAGAGCGCAGCUUUGGACUUUUACUACGAACGAAAUCUGGUUUGCUGGUCCGACAGUGGUCUGGAAGUGAUACAGUGCGUUAAUUCCAACAGCACAUAUACAGGGGAGAAAUUUACCGUGGUAAAUUCAAGCAUGAUAUCGCCCGAGGGUUUGGCCUGCGAUUGGUACACCGGUAAACUUUACUGGACGGAUGGUGAAAAAAAACAUGUAGAAGUUACGAGUAUCGACGGAUUGCACAGGAAAGUACUUUUUUGGACGGAGAUUUAUCAACCUCGUGCGAUUGCCGUCGUUCCUAUGAGAAGUAUACUAUUUUGGACGGAUUGGGGUGACGUACCCAAGAUCGAAACUGCAGCUAUGAACGGUGAUCCUAAUACUCGCGAAGUGAUCGUCUCGGAGGAUAUAUUCUGGCCAAAUGGUUUGACCAUCGAUUACGAGGCAGAAUUGGUAUACUGGUCAGAUGGAAGGUUGAAGUUCAUUGCUGUUAUGGAUUAUCACGGUAAGAACAGAAGAAAAGUCGUCAGCCAGGAAUUGGAUUAUCCCUUUGCCAUCACUUAUUUCGAUCAGAAGUUGUACUGGACCGACUGGCAUACCUGGUGUAUUCAUUCGUACGAUAUUCAGGGGCAAAAUCACCCCAGAGAAUUGUUUCACGGUGAAUACAUACCGGGUGCUAUAGAAGUUUGGGAUCAAAGGAGGCAACCUUACGGCGAUAAUCCGUGCAGACACAACAACGGAAAUUGUUCCCACUUGUGUCUGCUUAGUCCAAAACCACCAGGAUAUACGUGUGCCUGUCCAACUGGCGUUAAGCUCAUUGAUAACAAUACCUGCGCUGAUGGUCCCGAGGAACUUCUUCUUAUUGUACAGAGAACUGAGAUAUGCCGGCUGUCGCUUGAUUCGCCAGACUACACGGGGUUUCCGCUUCCUUUAACCGGUAUCAAACAUGCGAUUGCCAUAGACUUUGACCCAGUUGAAGAAUUGCUCUAUUGGACUGACGAGGAGGCCCGUGGUAUUCGAAGAACGAAUCUGAACGGUACUGAACAGGAGGAUAUUGUCACAACAGAAGUUAAAAAUCCUGGCGGUAUCGCUAUUGACUGGGUAGCUAGAAAUUUGUACUGGACAGAUACAGGGACUGAUCGAAUAGAAGUAGCUCGUUUGAAUGGCACGAGUAGAACAGUGUUGAUAAACGAAGAUCUUAUCGAACCAAGGGCCAUAGCAUUAGCACCAGAAUUGGGUUGGAUGUUUUGGACAGACUGGAACGAAAAGAAACCAAAGAUUGAACGUAGCAGCUUGGAUGGUAGCGAUAGAAUUUUACUCAUUACUAAAGAUAUUGUUUGGCCCAAUGGUAUUGCGAUUGAUUUAGAGAGAAAGAAAAUAUACUGGUGUGAUGCAAAGACUGAUAAAAUAGAAGUGUGUAACAUGGAUGGUACCGAUCGAAGAGAAGUCAUCACUGAUAAUUUACCCCAUAUGUUCGGAUUAAGCCUUUUAGGAGAUUAUCUAUACUGGACGGAUUGGCAAAGAAGGAGUAUAGAUAGAGCUCAUAAAUUGACUGGUGCCGAUCGAGAGGUCAUUGUGGAUCAAAUGCCUGACGUCAUGGGAUUGAAAGCCGUACAUUUAGGAAUAGUUAAGGGGACCAAUCCAUGCGCAAUAAACAACGGCGGCUGUAGUCACUUGUGCUUGAACAGGCCUGGUGAUAAUUACGUUUGCGCAUGCCAAAUUGGGUAUGAAUUAACCAAGGAUAAACGAACGUGCGUUGUACCUGACGCAUUUCUCUUAUUCUCAAGAAAAGAAAAUAUCGGACGGAUCAGUAUUGAGAAUGCUAAUAAUGAUAAUAUCAUACCUGUAACUGGGGUUAAAGAUGCAAGCGCCUUAGACUUUGACAUGAGUGACAAUCGAAUUUAUUGGACUGACGUCAAGGUAAAAGCAAUAACUCGGGCAUUCAUGAACGGUUCAGAAAUGGAGAGGGUUGUUGACUUGGGAUUAGAAACACCUGAAAGCUUGGCGGUCGAUUGGAUAUCCCACAAUUUAUACUGGAGCGAUACGGGGACCCAGAGAAUAGAAGUUGUACAUUGGAAUCGAUAUAGCAGACGUGUCUUGAUAUGGCAAGACCUUAGCAAACCUAGAUGUCUGGCCUUGGAUCCAGGAAGAGGACACAUGUAUUGGACGGCAGAGCAAGGCGUUGGUAGUAUAGAAAGAGCUGGACUCGAUGGUUCACGAAGAACAGUGAUAUUAUCUCACAUUGGUCAAGCUCACGGUUUGACGAUUGAUCAUUUGGAGCGUCGUUUAUACUGGGCAGAUCUUUCCAUCCCUGCAGUGGACAGCUACGAUUUACAGACCAAAAAGAGAAAAUCAAUCAUCACUCAGAAUAUAGUCUAUCCAUUUAGUGUUACUCAGUAUCUAGACUAUAUUUAUUGGACAGAUUGGAAUACAGGUGAUAUUGAAAGAGCCAACAAGACGAAUGGCGCAAAUAGAACAAAAAUUCAUAGUCGAUUAGAAUCCGUUACAGAUUUAUUAGUCUUUCAUGCAUCGAGACAGUCCGGUUGGAAUCCAUGUGCCGAAAAGAACGGAUAUUGCAGUCAUUUAUGCAUAGCUCUGCCAGGAAUUGGAGGAAAACCAUCAACCACUUACAAAUGUGCUUGUCCGACUCACUACAGCUUGGCACCCGACAACAAAACUUGCAUGGCUCCCAAGACGUUCAUGAUUUACAGUCUUCGCAAUGUUAUUGGUCGCCUUUUACCUGACACUAACGACUGUCCAGAUAUUGUACUGAGAGUUCAAGGAUUAAAAAAUGUUCGUGCCAUAGAAUUUGAUCCCAUCACACGGCAUGUCUUUUGGAUAGACAGUCGUAUGCAAUCGAUCAAGAAGACACUCGAGAAUAAGCUACACGUGGCGGUAGUGAUUCCUGGUAGUUCAGGACAUCCUUUCGAUCUAGCCUUAGAUCCUUUGGGAAGAUUGUUAUUCUGGUCUUGCUCAAUAAAUGACGCUAUCAACGUCACCAGGCUAGACAAUGGAUCGAUGCUGGGAGUUGUGGUGAAGGGUCUCGGUGAGAAGCCGAGAAGUAUUGCAGUACAUCCUGAAAAAAGGCUGCUUUUCUGGACAGAUAUUAGUGGUGACGUAAAAAUCAUGCAGAGUUUGAUGGAUGGCAAAGAGCGAGUAGUCAUUGCAUCUAACUUGGAAAGUUCUACGAGCAUAACAGUUGAUCCUAUCUCUGAUCUUAUUUAUUGGACUCAUGGAAGACAAAUCGAGUUUGCAGAUCUGUUUGGCAGGAAUAAGAGAGUCCUGGUUUCUACCGGACACACCAGUGUAACACACAUAUCGAUUUUAUUUGACUAUCUAUACUGGUUAGAUAGAGAAGGACAGUUGAUAGAAAGAGUCAACAAGACAUCAGGAGCAGGAAGAAAAACUUUACCCAAUCGUCAUCACAUUAUUGACCUGGUUUCUGUAAGAACUCCAGAUGAUAAAGUAAUGGAAUCACACGUUUGCAGCCCGCUCAAUGAUCACGGGGGUUGUUCUCAUUUUUGUACUGGAAUUUCAUCAUCUAGAUGUUCUUGUCCCCAAUCACUUGUACUUUCGGAUGACGGUCGAACUUGCAGAGCAACUCCAGCUUGUGGUGCCGAACACUUUACAUGCUCAGCUGUUGCUAAAGACUGCAUACCAGCCACUUGGCGUUGCGACGGUCAAAGUGAUUGCCCUGAUGGUAGUGACGAACUAGGGUGUCCAGCAUGUAGGCAAGAUCAAUUCAAAUGUCAAAACGGACACUGCAUCGAUAUGUCCUGGGUUUGUGACGGUACAGUGCAAUGUGUCGAUGGCCUCGAUGAAGACCACUGUUGUCAACCUGGAGAAUUCCAGUGCACAACAACAAGGGUCUGCAUAUCAAGAUCAAACCUUUGCAAUGGUUGGGAUGACUGUGCGGACAGUAGCGAUGAAACAUCACCAGCUUGUGCAGCAGAUAAUCCUAAGCAGGAUGCUGCGUUACCAUUAGAAUCUGGGCACAGUAUAUAUAUAGUUGCCGGUCCAUUAGUGAUAGUUAUAGUCAUAUUGGCAGGCGUGAGUUAUUGCUGUUGUAGAAGAAAACGUAACAACGCAGGCCUGCCAGACAUUUUACACGAUUCAGCGGGUGAGCCACUCUCUCCUAAACAUGGGAGAGUUAACAUAAAAUCAAUGCCUAUCCAGAAGAAUGGAAGAAAAGAUCUUAAGCCUGUUAUGGAGACUGUCAGAUUGUCUAAUUUGAACGGAAGUAGCAUUGGCUCAAGCUAUGAUCGUAGUCAUAUAACUGGCGCAUCGAGUUCUACGAGAGGCAGCUCAGCUGGCAGUUACCCUCAGGAGACGUUAAACCCUCCACCUAGUCCGGCUACUACAGCUAACUCGACAAGAUGUUCUAGUAGUAAUGCGUCUAGGUACAGACCUUAUCGCCAUUAUAGACAAAUUAAUCAACCGCCGCCUCCGACCCCGUGCAGCACUGACGUCUGCGAUGAAUCAGACAGCAAUUACCCUGCGCGGUAUAGGUAUGAAAGUGAACCAUUUCCACCUCCUCCUACGCCGCGAUCUUACAGCCAUAGUGAUGCUGCUAUGAGCUGUCCACCUUCACCUAGUUCUAGGUCUUCAACCUAUUUUAGUCCGUUACCUCCACCGCCGUCUCCGGUACCUUGAGUAAAGACGUAAUUUUAUGAUACUGCAUUUACACAGGGUGUAGAUGUCCAGAUUUGACAAAGGGUAAUUACAGCUAUUUGACUGAAUUUAACUCCUGAUUCGAGCUUUACUUAAACCAUGAGACAGGCUUUGCUUUUAAGA